UCCUGGUUUGCUACCUGAGGUGAGAUCCUGCCCUUUCUGGAUGACAUCCAAAGCGGGCAUGAGCCUCUCCAGGGAUGUUAUCUCUCCCUCCGCAGACACCCUCUCCAGGGGAAUGAUGCGAGAACACCCCCCUCCUCUGACUGCUUUCGCACUCGGCUCAGGCCACCCACUCGAAGCCUUGAUAAGGCAAGGGAGCCAGCAUUUCCACACAGCAGUCUGGAAGCCUGCUGAGACCUGAGUCCUGAGACCAGCCAUAGCCUGAGCAAAGCAGACAAACAGAAAAGUUGCCGGAAAAGCGUUAGAAGCAACUUUGAAGUGGGUGUCAAACAGAAACAUCAGCCCGUCUUCCAUUUACCUGGAGAAGUUUUCAGCUGGCACCGUAUCGAUUGUCUGGUUGAUGAGUUAUAGAUCUCUCUCCACACACUGUGUGAAGCCCAGGAGUGGCUUGGUUGUUUAAAAUGGGAAUUAUGGGUUAGAGUGUUGGAGAAAUGGUGACCCAAGCGGGUGGCUAAACAAGCCAGGGUAUAUGAGGCUAAACCAUCAUCUCUCACAAAGGAUAAAACCUGCAGAGCGAGUGGAAUUUUUAGAUCCAAACUUUGAUUCCAGAAAUUGGAAUUUCUCUCCUGUUCUUAAGCGAAUCACUGCAGCUGACAGUGGCUGGCUGGGUGAGUUCUCGGUUGAAGAACAUGGACGAGGACGCUCGGUUCCAAAGACUUUCCCUGAGAUGGGGGCUUACUGAUCUGUAGAAACCCCCUCCCCUCGGUAUGCAGACGUCCCUCGAGCUGUUCCUCCUGUCGAUUCAACUCUACCAGACAAUAGAGGCUCACCCCACAGGGCCCUCCGUCCAAGGGAUGUUGGAAGCCUGGCAGAGAUACCACGAGGACUGCCUCCGCCAGAUGACCGAAGACCCUCCACCGACAGGCCUGGUGUGCAACCGUACAUUUGAUAUGUACGCAUGUUGGGGCGAUGCCCUUCCCAAUAUGUCAGCCCAGGUUCCUUGUCCCUGGUACCUCCCGUGGCACCAGCAAGUGCAAGAUGGGUUUGUGUUCCAGAAAUGUGGCGCGGAUGGGCAGUGGGUGGUUGAUGCCUCAGGAUUGCCGUGGCGUGAUCAUUCCCAGUGCGUGGGCCCCAACAACGAUAUCCCUUUCCAGAAACAUUUGUGGAUCCUGGAACAAUUUCGCCGAAUGUACACAGCGGGAUACUCCGUCUCGCUCAUCUCUCUCCUUGUGGCUUUGUCGCUGCUGGCAGCGUUCAGGAAACUUCGCUGCCUGCGCAAUUACGUCCACAUGAACCUGUUCCUGUCCUACGUGCUGAGGGCCGUCUCCAUCCUUCUCCGAGACACCCUCCUCUGGCGUCACUUCCCCAAGGACCUCCAGGUGGACCUCUCGGGCCUUCCACGGGGGCAGGCUGUAACUGGCUGUCGGCUGGCACAAAUCUUAACCCAAUAUUGUGUCUGCGCAAACUACUUUUGGCUACUAGUAGAAGGGGUCUACCUCCACAACCUGCUGGGACCUUUGGCCCUCUUGGAAGAAGGUUACUUCCCUGUGUAUCUACUCCUUGGAUGGGGGGCACCCAUCCUCUUCGUCAUCCCUUGGGGGAUCAUGAGAUACCUCUAUGAAAACAAUGAGUGCUGGGAGAGAAACGACAACCUGGGUUACUGGUGGAUUAUCCGUUGCCCAAUCUUGGUGUCAAUUCUGGUAAAUUUUGUGAUUUUCAUCCGGGUUCUUCAGAUCCUGAACUCCAAACUUCGUGCGCAGCAAAUGCAUUACACGGAUUACAAGUGUAGGUUGGCCAGGUCGACUUUAACCCUCAUCCCUCUGCUGGGCACCCACGAGGUGGCCUUCGCCCUGGUGACGGAGGAGCAGGCUCAGGGCGCCUUGCGCUACGUCAAAUUCUUCUUUGAGCUCUUCUUCAACUCCGUCCAGGGUUUGUUGGUGAGCACGCUUUACUGCUUUCUCAAUAAAGAGGUCCAGUCCGAGGUCCAGAGAAAGUGGCAGACGUGCUGGUUGGACAUCGGCCUGCUUAAGAAACCGGGACGCCACUUCGGCCUCUGGCGUUCCUGGGGCAACCGAAAAAGCCAGAACAGGAAGCCCACCUGCGCUCAGAUUUACAUCCAAGUAGGACACAAAAUUGCCCCGAGUGACUUGGACCAUGCAGCAGGGGCUCCGUUCCAGCGUGCGCCCACAAACUAUAACUCCCACUGGUACAUCCCCAUCAGCAUGAAAGCGGAGAAUUAGCACAGCGACCACAUCUUCAGAGACUGUGGCUGACGCCAGCUCCCUUCCAGAUGUGGGGAAAACCUGCCAGCCAUAGCAAAGAUUAAGGGAUCUUAAGACAGACAGGAAGCCGAUGCAGCUGUGAACAUCUGGAGGAAGAAUGGAACAAAAUUGUACUUGCGAGCACAAAAAAGUCACCACUAGGCGAUCACCAUGGGAACUUUGGAAACUAUAAGUGGGUGGAUUUUACUUUGCCUUUUUGGUGGGUUAUUAAGGAAGCUGGCAAGACUUACAUACAACUGCCGUGACAGACACAAUCUGGAACAAUUCUCAGGGGUCAGAACUUUUGCGAUCUUGCGAUCUCACGAUGACUUCAUGCAGACUCCAUGUUUUCUUGGCAACAGCAUAGAAAUGGUUUUCCGUUGGCCUUUUUUGAGAUUGUUUUUGUUAAAAAAAUCUCCCACUCUGCCUAUUUCCCAGGUUUUAUACCUGUUGAGUCCAGUUUUUGUUUUUAUUUAUUUUAUUUUAUAAAAUAAGAUUUAAUGCAACUUUCAAAUUGCUGUUAUCUUUACAGGUAUACGUAAGAAACCUCUGAUUGACGGAAUCCUUGAAUUGAUCUUAAAAGGACAGAUUUUUUUUACUGGGAUUUCCAGGCUUUGUGAAGAGAUAAUAAGCUUGGGACGUCUAAUUGCUGUGGUUUUCUUGCAAGCUCAUCGCUUAUUGGUGCAAUAUUUUAUUUAUUGUUGUGAAUUAAAAAUGGUCGUCUCUGCA